CAGAAGUAAAGUUGAGACUUGUGGGUUUACAGAUGGGUUGGUUCUAAGAGACAUAAGAUAUUAUACUAAUUUGUAAUCAGACUCUUUAUAAGCGCUUGCAAUUACAAUGUGUAUCUAAUCAGAAAAAAAAAAAAAAGAUUUAAAUGCAAUAAAUAAAGGUCAUUUUAGCUAAUCAUUGAACUGACCCAGCCUGCUUCUUGUUAAUGUUUCAUUUAUUGUACAUGAUUGUGAAGACAUUUUUUUUGCACUGUCUUUCCAACACACACAAGGAGCAGGCACCUCCAACAUCUAAGAAGGACUUCACUGUGUCAUACACAAUGAAGUACAAGCUAUUUUGGUCGGUCAUUAUUGUACUUCUGUCCUCUGGUCUUUGUCAUGGAGCAGGCGUCAUUACAGCCGACUUUCUUCAAGGAGCAACCGGAGAAAACAUAACCUUUUUGACAUCUUUAAAACCUACAGCUGAGCCGUUUAUGGCGCUGACUUGGAGCUUCAAUAAAACCAUUCAGGUGAUAACUUCAACAAGCGAGGACAUGACGGGACAGGGUUAUGAGGACAGAGUCGUGCUGAAUAGAUCUACUGGAUCACUGAUCUUGAGGAACAUUACGGAGAAAGACAGCGGAGAAUACGAACUGCUGAUCAUCCCGUACGGAGCUGAACUGAUCCAAGGAACUGCUAAGCUGCGGGUGCAAACAAAAAUAUCCACAGCCUCCAUUGACUGCCCCACAGAGCAUUUAAUCGAAGGCAAAACCUCCGUUAACCUAACCUGUGAUGCCGAUGGCCUGGUGACCAAUAGAAUAUGGUUGAAGGAUGGCAAAGCUGUGGUUCCUGGAGAUAGAUUCAGCUUUCAUCACGGGAACCGGGUGUUCUCCAUCAGCCCUACACACAGAACGGACACCGGAGAGAUUCUAUGUAACGUCAGCAACGACAUUAGCUUCCAAACAGCCAUGUGUAGUCUUAAAGUAUACUACGGUCCCGACAAACCGAUCAUCACUCAGAAACCAAAAAGAGCAGAACUUGAGGAACGGGUCAAACUCUUCUGCUCUGCUCAAUCACUGCCAGAGGCAACUUUGUUUUGGACAUUCAAAGGCGUCACGAUUUCCAGACCCGAGAUCAACAUCCCCGAGUUGGAGGAAGAACACCUCGGGGUUUAUACCUGCACCGUUCGUAAUUCUGUGACGGGGCAGGAAGCCUCCGAAAGGCACAGACUGCGUGACUCUUCUGCCAACAUCAGUGGUUCUAUGCCCAUGAUGGUUUGCACUGUCCUGAUGUUGGUAAGAUUCACGUUGAUCUAAAGCAGCUUCUCAAAUAGUGGGGCGG